GGAUACUGAGUAUGGGUUAAAAUGCACCAUAAAUAAUCCCUUUAAACUGGUAUUUAGAACAUGAAAAGUACAUUUGAAUAUAAUGUACACAUAAACUACAUAAAUUAACGAGCAAAUAAAAUAGUUGGUAUUCAUAUAAACAUUAUCACGAUUCACAUUAAGCAAAUAAUCUGAACGAAAAAAAAACUGUUAUAUUUGAAAGAUACUGUUUUAUUUUAAACAAAUUAAUUUCUACUGUGAUGGUGAAAACUUGCAAGUUUUUUUGAAACCACUUUUUGAAACGAGUCAGUUACUUGGAACUAACCAGUACUGGUGUCAUUUGAGGAAUCAAUGAUCCCUGGGUUGAGAGGCAUACAACUUAACAAGGACAUCGCCCCACAUGGCAAAAGAGAAAAAAGGAAUUGCUGUCAAUAAUUGCGAAACUUUAUUGCGAGCAUAAGCGCCACUGUGCACCACUUCACAUGAUGUAGAUUCGUAUACCCACUGUCACCGUCGAGAGCCAUAGUAAACAUUCCGUAUAUACAUACUUUAUAACGAUACCGGUAAAUAGUCUGGAUUACCAAGACUGACCCACUGUGGAAUGGUCAAACCCACAAUUGAUGUCUGGAUAAAAUGUCACACACCUUUACCAUUGGUUCACCUCUACCCUAUGUUCGAACGCACCGCUACCCUUUGUUCGAACGUGGCCAUAAUAAAAAAAAUAAACAAUGGUAUGAAGAUUGAAAGUCGCACUUGAGUAUAUUGACACCUUAAAAAUGUGUGCACAGUAAUAUAAUGAAGUAAUCUGUUUCAUACAAUUUCAAAAUUUUAAUCCUUUAAUACCCUUAAGUUGAAGGAGUGUGCACCUAUGUUUAUUGUAGAAGAGGAAAACAGCAUGUUUGACACGUAAUCCGGUUAAACUUGUACCAGAACGGCUUUAACUUCGACAUAACUUACAAAUUAUUUAUAGUGAAUAUCAAAACGUAUUCGGAACACUAAUAUGGAGAACUAGAAGCGUACAAAAAAGUAAACUUAUCACAAUGGCUUGGCACAAACAAAAACAAUAUGACCCAACAGAGGCAUUUCUUCAGAAUGAACGACAACAAAAGGUUUUAGACGUUCAGUUACAAAAGAUUGAUAAACUUUGGUAUAACCAACUUAGGGUGUUAUCCCGUAAUCGACUGGAAACUACGUCUGAGCUUGUAAGAUUGGAAGAUGAGAAAAGUCAACUACAAUAUUUUGAUGAGACUAUUGACGUUCAUAAGUUAAAGGAUUACACAGAUGAAUGCAUACUAAAUAUGAAACAACUGAACAGAGAGCUCACCCAUGACAAUUUUAACUUCGAAAACACAGGUGCUAUUCAUACCAAAAGAAUCCUACAUGCAAUGAAUCUACCCAAACUAGAAGGCAAUUGUAUAAUUUCUCAAUCAUAUAGAUAUAGCAAAAAAUCAAAGAAACCAGAACAAAAGAAAACGAGAAAAAGAAGAAAGUCUAAUUUGUUCAAGUCGAAGAUAUUUAGCGUAUCAGACUCUAAUUUAGACAAAGUGUCUAAGUACAAACAGGAAAACAAUGAGAGCGAUGUAUUUCAUGCUGAGAGUGAAACAAAACUAGAGAUUAACGACACACAGAAAACUGUGUUUCCGAACAUUUCCAGCAAAUUGAAAGUCACCAAGACAAAUGAACAGCACAGAUACUUAAAGCAAAAAAUGGCGACAGCUUUGGUGCUACCAACAGUGAAGGAAGUGUGCCCUCGACAACGAAAGUUAAGCAUUUGAUGAAAAGACUCAGAUUCAAUGGUUUACAUAUUGAUAAAACUUUAUCAUUUUUUCCUGUGAUUUUCAAGACGAUGAAUCGUUAUAAUUACUGUAAUAAAAACAAUUUUAAAAUACCUUCACAUGAGAAAAUACGAUGAAGGUGUAGGCUAUAGACUUCUGCCUAAUUCAAACAUUUUUGUUUCUCAUUUUUGUUGUUCGGUGUGAGCCGGGUUAAAGAUACACAGGGAUAUGACACGGACAUGGACACUUUUAGAAUAUCAUCAAUUGUAGAGGCGUGCAGAUGGCGACGUUUGGUGGUCAUGGUCUAUAUAGAAGCGCCGAUUCGCUGCCGAAUUACAAUGAUUUUUCUUUAUCUCUGGAGCGACUAACUAAAAUUCAAAAAUAAAAAUAUCAACGAAUUGGUGACAUUUUUAUAUACAAGACAUUGGUCAUCAAAGCUUUUAAAUUUAAUGUUCAGUUUACACAGCACUUAUUCCUGUUCUGAAUUAAAAAAAAUAUUUCUUCAUGAUUAAUAUGCGAAAUCUUUAUGUUUGAAAAUAAAAUUUCGAAACUAAUUAUCAUUUUAAGAAUUAUUUGUAAGUAGUAAAGUCCAUUUGUACUGUAUUUAAAACAUGAUAUAAUAUGACUUUAGUUCAGGCCUUGAUAUAUGUGAUUAUUGGUUAUAACAGACAACUGUUGGCAUCUUCUAUCAUUUGUCACUUUUUAAUAUAAUUAUAUUAACUUUUUACAGUAAAACUAAUUUGUUUACUUGUUUGCCAUUUCUUUUUAAAUGUAACAUUGCUGAAUAUGAAUGAAUACUUAUUGUUUUAAUAAACAUCAAAUUUCAAUAUUUGUAUCAAAUUUUAGUAUUUUUAUUAUCAUAGUUACAAAAAAUCGUGAUUCAAAAUUGUUUAUGUGGAAAGCCAGUAAGUCGAUUAGCGCCAUUAAGGAUAGUUUGUUACACGCGUAUAAGUUUAAUCGUCAACGAAUUCACCGUGCAUAUCUAGUAACGAAUCAUGCAGGAAUGUGCAAUUAUCGUAAAAGUUACGCCGAAUCUGUGCAACGGUAUUGCCAAAAUGAAGAACACAGUAAGUAAACAAACCAAACUAUCUUAUUCUAAGUUUAAUUAAAAGAAAUGAAUUAGCGCAUACGGCUGCUAUGACAUUAUAUAUAUUUUAACCAGCAUUACAAUUUACCUUUUUAGAUCAUUCGUGAGAAAGACAACCUGAUUACUGUUUUGAAGGUGACUUUUGUGUUUCGUCAAAUAAAUAUGUACAUUUAACACGUUUAAAACUUCAUUU